CAGUCGUCUUGAUCUUCCGGUAUCUACCAAAUUCAAUUCAUCGAAGGCGUGAAAACUAUUUGGUGGUUUUGUCUCUCUGCUAUCAUCAAAAUGUCUGGAAGUCCUGCUGUGGUGAUGCGGCUUGUGGCCUCGGCCUUCUCUGUGGCUGAAAAGGCUGGAGCCAUCGUGAGGAAGGUCCUUCACAGCGGAGAACUUGGCAUUGUGGAAAAGACUGGAGCCAAUGACCUGCAGACUCUGGCAGACAGACUGGCACAGCAGAGCAUUUGUGCAUCUCUGUCCAGACAUUUCCCCAAAAUCACCAUCAUUGGAGAGGAGGAUCUUCCAGCUGAGGAGAUAAAGGAAGAUCUCAUUGAGAGUGGACACUGUGAGGAAAUCCUUCAGAAGACGUGUCCGGCAGAGUACAGCAGGGUGAAAGAAGAGGAGCUGGUCGUGUGGGUUGAUCCUCUCGAUGGCACAAAGGAAUAUACUGAAGCGGCACGGUGUCUUCAUCACCAAACUGAGAUCCAGAUACCAAACAAAGGGUUGGACACCUCUCAGCUUCACAGCACAGCUCUAUGGCUGCUGGAUAAUGUGACCGUGCUUAUUGGUAUUGCAUAUGAAGGCAGAGCUAUUGCAGGCGUCAUCAACCAGCCUUUCUACAACUACCAGGCCGGAGGAGGAGCAGCUUUAGGACGAACCAUGUGGGGAAUGCCGGGAUUGGGCGCCUUCGGAUUUCAGCUGCAGGAAGUACCGGGUGACCGACGCAUCGUCACCACCACCCGUUCCCAUAGCAACAAGCUGGUGACCGACUGUGUGGAUGCAAUGGAGCCUCAUGAAGUUGUGAGAGUGGGCGGCGCUGGGAACAAGAUAAUCCAGCUUGUUGAAGGAAAGGCUUCUGCUUAUGUCUUCGCCAGUCCCGGGUGCAAGAAGUGGGACACCUGUGCACCUGAGGCCAUUCUGCACGCUGUUGGAGGUAAACUUACAGAUAUGCACGGCAAUGCAUACCGCUAUAAUGCUAACGUGAAGCACAUGAAUUCUGCCGGAGUUCUCGCUACACUGCGAAACCACGAGUACUACGCCAGCAGAGUGCCACAGUCAGUGCUGCAAGCCCUCAAGUCAGAUUGAGGUCCGUCUCCAUCAGAAAUCAGAGAAUCAAAACUUCAAAUCAAUCCACACACGCAGGAAACUUUUUAAUGUGUGAAAAUGCCAUAAAAUCAGGACAAAAAAUGAACACACCAUGAUUUCAAAAUCACACCGAACAGAGCAGGCUCACCAGCACUUCCAUUUAUUUCACUCAUUUCAAACAAACUUGUACAAAUCUCAAAACGUCUUUAACAUACCGUUUCCAACUUGAAGAUCAAUAGAUUCACAAGGCAAAAAGUCAAGAUUGAAAUAAAUAAAAAUACAUCGGUUAAAUGUUCAUUAAGGAGUUGGAAAUGAUUUACUUCAUUCAAUAACCACUGAGUGGGAACACUGUGAUAUAACUAGCCAACAACACACAAAACGCCAUCGCCCUUCCUUUGAUUUUGACCUCUUGUAUAAUGUCAUGCGAUGGCUGGAAGUGGGUGAGAGGUCGACAUCUACUGCCGUGAAGAUGAAUACUGACAACUAUUUAUAAUCCUGUACUGUACGUCAGUUUCUGCCGUGGCCUUCAUAUCCGUCUCUACUUUUCUAAACACUACUGUACUCACCAGACGAAAAGGACACAAACUCAAAGUGCUCACUGAUGUUUGGUUCCCACAUUUACACUGACUUUACAUAAGAACUGAAAAUGAAACUUUUAUGCUAUUGGAUAUCUUUGUUCUCCCGAUUUCUUUUUUUCCAAACACAAAUGCUCCUUCAGUUAUUUGAAGGAUAAAAAAGAAAGUGUCAAAGCUUGAGAACAGUGAUCUCAUGUGGAGCACCUACUGUAAAUGAAUGCCCGAGUAAAGAUACAGCAUAGAUUAGCUGCGUCUUUUUAUUAAAAGUUCAAAUAGGCUUAAAUGUCUUUGACACGUUUACGCUUGCAUAUGGCAAGAUACUUUUUUGCAAGAUUUUUUUUUGCACUUGUAUCAUCAAAAUCACAGGAUUUUAUUGAUAUCUCUUUGGGGAGAAAAAACAUUCUUGAGUCGUAGUGAUGUGUAACUUGCAGUUCAUAAAGGAAAAAUGUGACAUUUCGGGGAAUAAGCUUAGCAGCUUUCUUUCAGAGUUAGAGAAGAAAAUCUGUCUGUUAAAUAUGAUGGUACAACCAGCAGGCUGCUAACUUAGCUUAGCAUAAAAACUGGAACCGACAGCGUCCCGUACCACAAAGGCUUUGUAUGUGCAAAGCAGCAGGCUGGGGUUUGAAUCCAGCUCGGCACCCUUUCCUACAUGUCUUACCCUCUAUCUCUGCCACUAUCAAUAAAGCCAGAAAAAAGAAAGCAUAAGAAAACUGCUAGCCUGGCUCCUUCUAAAGGAACUAAAUCUACCUACCACAAUUUCUGAAGCUCACUAACACUAAAUCUUAUUAUUAUAACACAAACAAUGUGUUACUUAAACAGCUUCCAGGUGGAUUUUGUUACCUUUUUUGAAGCCAAGUACCUAACUAACCUACUUGCACCAAUUCUAUUGAGUAUCCAUUUUCAAAACCACAUUUCAAAAUAAGUUAAUCUCAUCAGCACCAGUGAGCCCAAAAGCAUGUAGAAUGCUUGCACCAAGAUGUAAUAUUGCUGGUGAUUGGUACUGGCUGCGCUAUAAGAGUAUGUGUGUAGGUAUAAUGUAGCUAAAAUAGUGGGUCUACCUUCUCUUCUAAUUCUUUCCAAGAGCACAAAUAAGCGUAUUUCCCAAAAUGUCACACUAUACCUUUAAACAGUGUACUACUUCAGCCAAUAUAGAUGUGGGCAGUGGCAAUAAUUUUGUUAAUUACAUGAACAAGAAACAAUUGGCCCUGCUGUCUGCGAGAAUUCAUGGAUUUUAAAUCGGCUGGGACAAAGAACCCUGUCUCAAUCUCACAAGCGUGCAUGCAUUCACAAAAUCACUAUGAAAAUGAACGUGAAGGCAGAGAAGCAUAUUUUCUUAACAUCUUGCCCAUUUCCACAAGAGUUUGGUUUAAAUAUUGCUGAAUGGAGUGAGUUGUAAAAGUUAGUUAAUGCAUACCAUGGCAUUAAAAGAGAAAUGGGGGAGGGGGGGGGGAUACCACUCACAUGUUCAUAAAAAUACCCACAGAACAAGCAAGAAACACUCCUGGAGUUUUUGUUUACACAUGAACAAGCUGACUGAGAGAAGGCUGGAGUGUUUGAGGCCGCCUGCAGGGACGUGGGCCAGAGACCAGCCGGGGGAGGAGCAGGAGAGUCAGGGCCAGCCGCUCACCUCUUUUUUGGUGCCUGAGUGGUGCGAGGCGGGGUGACAGGGCGCCCUGAGUUCACCCCUCCAUACUGGUACUUUGCUUUCUUUUCUGAGGGCUUCAGGAUCUAAGAGAGAGGAUGAUAAAUACAUUAAGUGUCACAUACAUUAGGAUUCAUGUUAUGCUACAACAGAGGGAGAGUUCACUACCUGAAAGGAGCACAUCAGGGACUCGUCCACGCUCAUCAUGCCGCCAGCGUUGUCAAACUCGCCGCAGUAGUUCGGGGCAGAGAACAGCGUCACCAGCUGUCGCUUGGCAAAGAACUCAUAGCCGUCUUCAACAACCUGUAAGGAAGCAGGAUUAAAGCUAAAACAAUCAGUCAAUCAAGAGAGAAUCAAUUAAUCACUGAAGUUGUUUUACUAGCAGAAGUGCCAAAAAUGUACCCGUUUUAGCUUUGCAAUGUGACUUUUUUCCCCUUCUAUGAUAGUAUAGUCUCCAAUUUGAAGAGUUUUGGACUUUUAAUAGGCAUUUCAAAUAUGUAAACUUGGGCUCCUGACUCUAAAUUGCCCGUAGGAGUGAAUGAGAGCAUGAAUGGUUGUUUGUCUCUGUGUAUCAGACCUGUCUAUAUUUAGGGAUAAUGAUUGAAUUAAUAAACUUGGGCUCCAAUAUCUGACAUUUUACAGAUCAAACGAUUAAUCAAAAAAAUAACAGAUCAUCGAAAGUAUUUAAUUUACUGCAUUAGCCAAAAACAGACACACCUGUUGUUCUUUUUUUUUUAUUCUUAUGAAUUUAUUUUUACACAGAAACACCUUAACUUUUAACAGAUUAAUUUUUAAAAUAAACUGUAGAAAGUGUAGAAACUUCUAGUUGUCUUCUAUAAAUAUAUUAAACUGAAUGGAUUAUGAAAAAUAUUUUUGUUUAAGUACUUGAUGGAAUGUAUUCUGACAUUUUAAACUGCGGUUAUGUGAAUUUGUAAAAUAAAGUUGUCGUCAUUUAUCUGCCUUCAAUAAAGUAAAGUUUAAUUCUCAGA